AUGUCGCCCCAUCCAGUCACCGAAUUCAUUUCCCCGAGCGCAUGGGCGUUGGUCGAGGAUAAAUUCUCCCCGUUUGCACUAGAGACGCUAGGGGAACUCUGCAACUUUGUGAAAAAUGACGUUAUUCCUGCUUCAAAAGCAUAUCAUGCGAGCAUAUCCACUGAUCCAGCUAAGCGAUGGAGGACAGUCAGCCCUGUUAUGGUUGACCUGAAAGUCAGAGCUAAGCAGCUUGGGCUUUGGAACCUAUUUCUGAGCAAGGCCCAUUACCCUGACGUCGGCGUCCCUCUUACUAAUCUCGAGUACGCCGUCAUGGCCGAAGUCAUGGGAAGGACAGGCCAUAUCGCUCCAGAAGCAACAAAUUGCUCUGCCCCCGACACAGGGAACAUGGAGGUCCUCGCCCGAUACGGGAGUAAAGAACAAAAGAGGGUUUGGCUCAAUCCAUUGUUGAACGGAGAGAUUCGGUCCGCGUUCGCCAUGACCGAGAAAGGCGUAGCUUCCUCUGACGCGACGAACAUCGGGACCUCUAUUCGUCAAGAGGGAAACGAAAUCGUCAUUAACGGGCACAAGUGGUGGAUUUCGGGGGCAACAGACGUCCGAUGCAAAGUUCACCUGGUCGUUGGCAAGUCUGACCCCCAUAACAAAAAUCGAUAUGUGCAACAGAGUAUCGUCGUCGUUCCCGCAAACACUCCGGGUGUCAGAAUUAUUAGACCAAUGCAAGUGCUUGGGUACGAUGAUGCACCGGAGGGGCAUGCCGAAAUAAUAUACGACAAUGUGCGUGUUCCUAUCGGCAACCUUGUCGGUGGUUGGGGGCGCGGAUUUGAAAUACUCCAGGGUCGUUUGGGACCAGGACGGAUUCACCACUGCAUGCGUUCCAUUGGUCUUGCUGAAUCUGGUCUGGCACUCAUGCUAGAGCGUGUAACGGACCCGAGGAGGACCACCUUCGGGAAGUUCCUUUACGAACACGGCACCGUCGUGGCGGAUAUUGCUCGAUCUCGUGUCGAGAUCGAUGCUGCCCGUCUACUUGUCCUGAGUGCGGCUCAUCAGAUUGACAAGGUUAGGGCAAAAGGCGCUAUGAAGGACAUCGGAAUGGCAAAAAUUCUUGUUCCUACUGUGGCCUUGGGUGUUCUGGAUCGAGCUAUUCAGAGCUUCGGCGCCGAAGGGUUGAGCCAGGACCAGCCAUUAGCGCACUGGUACGCUGGACUCAGGACGUUAAGGUUCGCCGACGGACCCGAUGAAGUACAUAUUCAACAACUGGGAAGAAAUGAACUCAAGCGUGCCGAUGGUCUCAAGAAGCGGAGACUAGAGAUUAAGGCUCAGGAGGACAACAUUGCUGCGAAGUAUAAAGCCAAAUUGUAA